AUGGAAUCCUUGAAUAAAGAGAUUAUCCUAAUUACUGGUAUCACAGGCUAUUUAGGCUCAUGGGUCGCAAAAACAUUUGUUGAAAAAACUAAUCAUACUCACAGAAUUAGGGCUAGCACGAGAUCUUUGCAGAAAAUAGAGAAAUUAAUGCCUCUCAAAGCGGCUUUUGGAAAUGAAGAGUUUGAAAUGAUCGAGUUUGUUGAAGCUGACCUUAGUGAUAAGUAAUCUUUAUUCAAUGCAGUUCAAGGAGUAUCGUAUAUAAUUCACGUAGCCAGCCCUCUGCCUGGUUAAGGUAUUAGUGAUAGAGAAAUGAUUAGUCAGGCUCAAGAAGGAAUGAAGUUUUUACUUGACGCAGCUGUACAAAACAAGGUCAAGAAGAUUGUAGUUACAUCCAGUCUAGCUACGAUUUAAGGGAAUCAUUUUAGGAAGAGUGAAAGAAAUCAUGUAUAUGAUGAAAAUGAUUUUGCACCAAUAGCUGGAGUUGAAGGCUAUAUCAAGAGUAAAAUUGUACAAGAGCAUGAAUUAAUCAAUUUCCUUAAACAUCAGUGCUAAAACCCUGAUCCUAGUGGUUAUUAGCUUGAAAUAUGCACCAUUCAUCCUACCUUUAUCCUCGGACCUAGUCUAAUUAAAGAAAGACAUAGCUCUAUUGAAGCCAUUUGCAGGAUACUAAACAACGAAAUACCAGCAAUUCCUAAAUUCGGAUCUCCAGCUGUAGAUGUCAGAGAUGUUGCUCUCUUGCACUAUUUAGCAUUUGAAAAGCAAAAUAUCUAAGGAGAAAGAUUCCUUGCUACAUAGGAGACUAUAUCACUUUUGGAUAUUGCUAAUAUCUUGAAAGAAGAAUUCUAACCAUAAGGGUACAAAGUUUAGACAAAGCUGAUUGGAUAUUGUCCUUUGAAACUAGCUAGCUAUUUUAAUAGAGAAGUUAAAUCUAUCCUGCCAUUUAUCAAUGAAAAUUCCUAAGCAAGCAACAUAAAAUCAAUUGAAGUGCUUGGUAUGAAGUAUACUAGAGAAAUGAAGCAAAUUGUUAUUGAUAUGGGCUAUUCAAUAAUUGAGAAAGGAUUGAUUCCUGAUAAGAGAAAAAAUAGUAAGAAAUGA